AUGGCAAGUUUACCGCGCUUUCAAGGCAUCCCGGAUAUCUUGUAUGGAACGGCGUUCAAAUUUGAACAAAGUGCGUCCCUCGUCUCGGAGGCCCUAAAAGCCGGGUUUAGAGCGAUAGACACGGCGGGCAGCAGGACAGCAUACCAGGAAGAUCUUGUGGGAAACGCAAUUGACUCGGCAAUUACAUCUGGACAUGUCAAGCGCCAUGAGCUCUACAUCCAGACUAAGUUUUCGCCCUUCAAGGCUGGAAAAGACCCAGCUCUCUAUCCGUAUGACACGGCCAAGAGCAUCUCUGAACAGGUGGAGGAAUCAGUAGCUUCAUCACUCGCUAACCUGCGUACCACAUAUAUCGACUGCCUAGUCCUUCAUUCGCUCUACCAGGACAUUCAAAACACACUUAUCGCAUGGAAGGCAAUGGAGGCUUUAGUGCCUUCCAAAGUAGCCUCAUUGGGUGUAUCUAAUUGCGAUCUCGAGUCGCUCCGCCAACUCUGGGAGGCUGCUGAUAUCAAACCUGUUGUCGUCCAAAAUCGCUUUACCGAGGACAUAGCAGGUCGUCCAAAUCCUGCUAUGCCACCAAACCUGCCAUAUCCGCUAGUUAGCUUUGAUCGGGACGUUCGAGAAUACUGUGGAACUCAUGGGAUUGUUUAUGCACCAUGGGGUCUGCUCUGGGGUAACCCCAGCGUCCUGGACGAUCCGAAGCAAAUUCUCGAGACAGCAGGACAAGAAAUUGGGGUGUCUAAGCAGAUAUUACUCUACGCUAUCAUGCGAAGUAUAGGUGGUUGCGAAAUGAGUAUACUUUGUGGCACGACUAAGGUGGCGAAAAUGCAUGAAACACUUGAAGGAUUGACCAAGAUAAAGAGCUAUAUAGCAGAGAGUGAUAUCCAGAGAAAGCGCUGGGAAGACUAUGCUAGAUCUAUCAGAGAUAUCAUAUGUUGA